AUGAGCAAUGAUGAUCCUAAACUAAUAAGUGUGUAUGCUAUUGGGUGCCAAAUUGAGUUAAUCGAAUCAGUUCAAACUCAGGUUUUCAGUUUGUUCCGGUUUGUGUUGGGUUUCUCGGAAUUGAAGAUUCUAAGGCUUAUGAUGAAUCUGAGGUUAUGGUUCUUAAAGGUGUGUGGAAUCUGUUAUUUCAAUGACUACAACAAUUCCGAAAAGGAAAAUGGUGGUGAUGCUUGUAAGAAGAAACAGAGUUGUCGGAAUCUACUAUCACUACCACCAGAAUCUACAACCACCACCACCGCAACCCUCCACCAUCGACGGACCACAACCUUCCUCUUUUGUCUACAAUCUGAAUACUCCCUCUUUAAUCUCCAGUGUGCAUUCCAACGUUUCAGAUCGACGCCGCCUAGGGUUUCAAACCUUCACCUUCAUCUUUUCAGUUCUAAGAUCGCCAAAUCCGCCACACGCACUAUCGGACUAGAAGCAACUAAUGUACCAAACAGGAUCCUACCCACCACUUGCCCCCUUUCGCUUGCAAAAAACACCCACAACCCACCAGCAUAG